AUGAGGUCGUUGUGGGUUUUGUUUGGGGCGUUCGUAUUGGCAGUCACAGCAGUUCAUGUCGCCGGUCAGCAAGAAGGUUUCCUGAGCAUCGACUGCGGCCUGGAUGCCAAAUUCAGCGGGCGCAAGGACACCCACACAGAUAUCGCCUACGUCUCCGAUGGUCCGUACGUCGACGGCGGGGAGAACCGCAGGGUGGCCGCCGAGUUCGAUACUCCUAGCGCGUCACUCGAGGACCUCCGCACGCUCAGGAGUUUCCCGUCCGGCCUACGGAACUGCUACACGCUCCCCACCAAGAGCGGCGCCAAGUACCUUGUCCGGAUGGUAUUCUUCCACGGGAACUACGACGGCAAGCCAGCCGUGUUCGACCUGCACCUUGGCACCAACUACUGGGAUACGAUGACGAUCCGAAACAUGACUGACACCCAGUACUGGUGGUCCGAGGCGAUCUUCAUCGCGUGGGCGAGCUCGGUGCCGGUCUGCCUGGUGAACACCGGCGGCGGUACGCCGUUCGUCAACACGGUGGAGCUGAGGCCUCUCGGUGCCUCGCUUUACCCGGACCUCACCAUCGACGGCUCCAUGUCCACGUAUGGAAGGAUAAAUACAGGGGGGAACUUUACCAGGUUUCCUGACGAUCCAUACGACCGCUACUGGGGUUUGAGAACCAUGUCGUCAUGGGCAAAACUUUCCACCAAAGAGACCAUCAAGCAGGAUGACGUGUUCGUGGUACCCAUCCCCAUUCUUCAGACAGUCGUCGCUCCUAUCAACAAUGGCACGGUGCUACACGUCAAUACAUGGGUAUCAUACAAAACAUCAUCCGAGUUUAAGUUCAUCCUACACUUCGCCGACAUUCAAAACGCCCAGCUCCGGCUGUUCGACAUCUACAUGAACAACGACGAGUGGUAUCCGAAUUACAGCCCCCCGUACCUGGCCGCUGGUCAUGUGCGUAAUACUGAAUGGUAUAAGACCACGGACGGCCAGUACAAUAUCACUCUUGCAGCCACCAAUACAUCCAUGCUGCCUCCGAUGCUCAAUGCAUACGAGGGUUACCUGCGCAUCCCCCACGAUACUCCGAGGACGUUCUCGGAAGACUUUGACGCAAUGAUGGCUAUCAAACUUGAGUACGGAGUAAGGAAAAAUUGGAUGGGUGAUCCAUGUUUUCCGGAGAAAUACCGAUGGAAUGGCGUGAAGUGUAGCGACGUAACUGAUAACACUACGAGGAUAAUAUCUCUUGAUCUGUCCAACAACAACAUGAGUGGAUUGGUAUCUGAUAACUUCACAUUGCUCACAGAACUCCGGUUUCUAGAUUUGUCUGGCAACAAUCUGAACGGACCAAUUCCAUAUUCCCUUUGUAAAAGGAAUCCAGGAUCACUCGUUUUCAGAUACGAGUCCGGUGAAGAUAUGUGCAACAAAACAAUAAGUUCGACUCCAUCAACAAAUAGAACAACUAUAAUUUCUAUUUCGGUAGUGGUUCCAUUGGUGGUAGUGGUUGUACUUGUUCUUUCGUAUUUGAUCUGGAGAGGGAAGAAAAAGCCUAAAUUUUCUAUACAGGAUUCUCCUAGAGAGCAAGAACUCGAGAGUGCCCUCAGAAGUACAAAAAGUCAGGGUGGUCACCUGCAAAAUACCGAGAAUCGACGAUUCACAUACAAGGAUCUGGAGAAGUUUACAAAUAAAUUCCAACGGUCCAUUGGGAAAGGAGGUUUUGGGCUCGUGUACUACGGCCGUUUAGAAGACAAUACUGAGGUUGCUGUCAAGAUGCGUUCUGAAUCAUCCUCGCAUGGGCUUGACGAGUUCUUAGCGGAGGUCAAUAGCUUGACAAAGGUGCAUCACAGGAAUCUAGUUUCUUUGGUUGGUUACUGCUGGGAGAAGGAGCAUUUGGCGCUGGUUUAUGAGUACAUGUCCCAGGGAAAUCUUUGUGACCAUCUAAGAGGGAAAAAUGGUGCCGAUGAACCCUUGAGUUGGGCGACACGUGUACGAGUUGUGCUCGAAGCAGCACAAGGCUUGGAUUAUCUGCACAAGGGAUGUAGCUUGCCAAUAAUUCACCGGGAUGUGAAAACCAACAACAUCCUCAUAGGUCAAAACCUACAGGCUAAAAUAGCUGAUUUUGGACUUUGCAAGACCUAUCUUAGCGACAUGCAGACCCACAUAUCAACCAAUGCGGCUGGGACAGCAGGUUACAUGGACCCCGAGUACUAUCACACUGGCUGGCUCAGUGAGAGCAGUGAUGUGUAUAGCUUCGGUGUAGUUCUCCUUGAGGUGGCCACCGGUGAGCCUCCAGUACUGCCGGGCCAUGGCCACAUUGUUCAGCGUGUGAAGCAGAAGAUUGCCACCGGUAACGUUACCACAGUGGCUGAUGCCCAUCUUAGAGGUGAAUAUGAUGUCAACUCCAUGUGGAAACUUGUCGACACCGCCAUGGCGUGCACGGCGGAUGCUGCAGUUCGCAGGCCGACAAUGGCCGCUGUGGUAGCGCAACUGAAAGAGAGCCUUGCGUUGGAGGAAGCUCGUGAGGACAGUAGCGUCAUAGGGAGCAUCGCGAGUACUACUGGUGCCCCGAUGCCUGAGUUUGGACCAUCGGCAAGAUGA